AUGGUGGCGCUGUUUAAGGAUCUUGCUAGUACGGCAGAGAAUGUUUUGCGCGAUGACUACGAUUUCUCCCGUAAACUCAAAAUCAAGAGCAAGGCGUCAAAUGGUGUGACGUUUACCACAGAAGGCGCGCUGAACACCAACAAGUCGAUCCUUGCAAAGGUCUCAGGCGGCUUCACGCACAGCGCGAGCGGUGUAGUGUUCAAGAAACUUCAAAUCACAACUCAGGGCCGGUUUAUCACGGAAGCUGAGUUGCCCAACGUUUUGACUGAGGGAUUGAAGCUUACAUUUAAGCUUGAGGACGGCUCCAUCACCAAGAACACGAGUGCUAAGCAGGUGGGCGUGCUCGGCGCGGAGUACAAACAAAAGAACCUGUCUUUCAACUCGGAAGCAGACUUUGUGUCCAACACUGUAUCUGCUUCUGCUGUGCUCUCACAAAAUGGCUUUGCAGUCGGUGGUCAGACCGCGUUUAACGUGGACAAGUCAGCCAUUGUUCAGCAUAACGUGGGCCUGAGUUACACGGGUGCUGACUACGUCACGACGCUCGUGACCAAGAAGAAUUUUGGCGCGGUGCAGGCUUCAUUCCAUCACCAUCUUUCGCACCACACCGUUUACGCUGCUGUGCUGGAUUACGACCUAAAAUCGGCCUCUAACACGCUGGUCGUGGGUGGUCGCUACAAGGUUGAUAACGAUACAACUUACUGUGGUAAGAUCAAUUCGGAAGGAUUUUUGUCGCUGGCCUCAAUCCAGAGGGUGCGUCCGUAUGUCACACUGACUACCAGUGUGCAUGUGGACGCAAAGAAUUUUGAGGGUGACUCGCACAAGUUUGGCCUUGGCCUGACGCUAGGCUAA